AUGGACUUCGACCCAGCCCUUCGUCAACGCCCAGUCACCUCACACCCCCGCGAUACCUUUGCUGCCGUGCGCUUCUCUUUGCGUAUCCCCGCCACCGGUAUCAAUGUCUUCUCCGUCGCCGAUUCGUCAAUCGUCGUCCUAACCCUAAGCCUAACGACGAGGACGACGAGGACGACGACAUCAGAACCAUCCCUUGACUCCCAAUUCCAGUCGUGUGAGCUCUGCUUCCAUUCCGGCUUGGUCGCAGACCCGUCCAAGCCCAUCUCGCUACACUUCGACUUGUCUCUGUCCACCUACAUCACGCCGCUGAUCAUGCCCUGCCCCCUGCCCUCCUACUACGUUCCCGACAUCCCCCAAGUCUUCGACAUGGUGAACCCAUCCUCGCCAACGCAUUGCUUUGCCACCUUGGCCGCCGCCGUCGCCGUCGCUGUCGUAGCCAUUACUAUCGCUCUGGUUGGUGGCGCCUUUCUCGACGGCCGUCUCUUCCACAAACAAAAACAACUACAAGGUGGUGCAUGCCCCGUCACCGCCAUCCACGACGAAUCACCAAGCCUUGUCCGUCUUCACAGCUCAACUCCGCCUGUGCCUGCAGACAACAAGGCCUAG